GCAGCACAGCGGGAACUCCUCCAAGCCCCCUUUCAUUGUGUUUCGGUUCACUAGUGGCUGGAUCUGCUGGGGGCUGCCCUGUGACGGAAGCCAGAGUCAUUCUCCCGCGGCCCGAGGCAAGGAUUCCUUUGUCUCCCAGUCUGUCUUCAGCUCGGACCGCGCCGCGGUGGCCGGGAGACUCUCACAUCCGCCCGGCUCUGUCCGCCUCACGCUCGGUGGUCACAACAGAAAGCCAGGAUUCAGCGCUCGGGAGCUACGCCCAGACCUGGGGACCCGCACUCCGGAGGCUCGGGUAGAGGCCGCGUGGGAACCGCGGGGGCCCGGCGAUCCUCACCGCGCAGGCGUCAGAUUUCCCUUCCGGACACUGCAAUUCCCAUAAGGCCGUGCAGCGUCCCCUUUGCCGCCGGUCCUCGGGAGCUGCGCCCGCUCGGAGAGGGCUCGGGGACGCUCGCCGCGCUGCAUUAUGGAAUACAUAGUCUAAUAGAAAACGUCCUAGGGCACAAACUCCCGACCAAGCCCACGUGUUUACCUUGUGCCCUGGGGGGACGUCAGUGAAGAGUAGCUAUCAGAUUUCGUCAUAAAACGGCGACCAGACAGGCGGCGCCAUCUUCGAACUUGGACUUCCGGAAGGACUUUGGCGAGGGGGCAGCCAUUUUAAGGGGCGCUGAUGGAUACCUACGGGGUCGGCUGCGUUGCCCUGGGGGAGGCCGGCCCCGUGGGGAACAUGACUGUGGUAGACUCUCCUCGGCAAGACAUGCUAGACCAGCUUGAUGUCAAGGCCUCUUCAGAGACAAGAAGUGUGGAGGCUUCCAUCGAGAUGUCAUUACCGACCCCUUUGCCUGGAUUUGAGGAUUCUCUUGAUGAGAGGAGGCUCCCUCCAGAACAGGAAAGCCUCUCCAGAGUGGAACAGCAAGAUCUUUCUUCAGAGAUGUCAAACAUCCCAAAGCCUAGGGCCUCACAGCCUGGCCAGAAGAGAGGUGGGAGGCCACGGAGAGGCCCAAGGCCCCAGCCGCCUAAUCCUCCAUCAGCCCCUCUGGUUCCUGGUCUCUUGGAUGAGCCCAACCCUCUGUCUACCCCCAUGCCUAAGAAACGAAGUCGAAAGUCCAAGGCAGACCUGCUACUGCUGAAGUUGUCAAAAGACCUGGAUCAGCCAAAGUCUCCGCCUCCAAAGAGGCCCCCUCCUGGGGAACGGCCCCGCCGAAGGGCUGCCCAAGUGGCGCUCCUGUAUCUUCAGGAGCUGGCUGAAGAGCUCUCAACAACCCUGCCUGCUCCAGUGUCUUGUCCUGAGAGCCCCAAGGUGGACAGCCCCACCAAACCGAAGAAAAGCCAGCAGCAGGCAGCCUGUCACAGUGGAAAAGAAGAGGAUGACACGGCACAGGAUGAAGAUUUCAUUCUCCAGGUGGAGGCGGAAAAUGGAGAAGAAAGUGAGGCCCCAAGCGAGAGCUCGUCUGACCCUGAGCCCGCAGUGCCCCGAAGCACCCCACGAGGAUCCACUGCAGGGAAGCAGAAGCCACAGUGCCGGGGAGUGGCUCCUAACGGCUUACCAAACCACAUCAUGGCUCCUGUUUGGAAGUGCCUGCAUCUCACCAAGGACCUCCGAGAACAGAAACAUUCAUACUGGGAGUUUGCAGAAUGGAUUCCUUUAGCCUGGAAGUGGCACUUAUUAUCUGAACUUGAGGCGGCUCCCUACCUACCCCAGGAGGAGAAGUCUCCGCUGUUUUCUGUGCAGCGUGAAGGACUUCCUGAAGAUGGCACACUCUACCGCAUAAACAGAUUUAGCUCUAUCACAGCCCACCCAGAGCGCUUGGAUGUGUCCUUCUUCACGGGGGGACCGCUCUGGGCUCUGGACUGGUGCCCAGUGCCUGAAGGGGCAGCAACUUCGCAGUAUGUGGCCCUUUUCUCCAGCCCUGACAUGAAUGAGACGCACUCAAUGAGCCAGCUUCAUUCGGGGCCUGGGCUGCUCCAGCUGUGGGGCCUUGGGACUUUGCAGCAGGAAAGCUGUGCUGGCAGCAGAGCCCACUUUGUCUAUGGAAUUGCUUGUGACCACGGCUGCAUCUGGGACCUCAAGUUCUGCCCCAGUGGAGCAUGGGAACUUCCAGGCACCCCUCGGAAGGCUCCUCUCCUACCCCGGUUGGGUCUCCUGGCUCUUGCCUGCUCAGACGGAAAGGUGCUGCUCUUCAGUCUGCCCCAUCCUGAAGCCCUGAUGGCUCAGCAGCCUCCGGAUGCCAUGAAGCCUGCCAUCUAUAAGGUCCAGUGUGUGGCAACCCUUCAGGUGGGGUCCAUGCAAGCUUCAGAGCCCUCAGAGUGUGGUCAGUGCCUUAGCCUGGCCUGGAUGCCCACCCGGCCCCACCACCACUUGGCUGCUGGAUACUAUAAUGGCAUGGUGGUUUUCUGGAACCUUCCCACGAACUCCCCCCUGCAGCGGAUCCGGCUCUCCGACGGCUCCUUGAAGCUCUACCCUUUCCAGUGUUUCCUGGCCCAUGACCAGGCUGUGCGUACCCUCCAGUGGUGCAAGGCUAACAGUCAUUUCCUAGCUUCCGCAGGGAGCGACCGGAAAAUCAAAUUCUGGGACCUUCGACGACCUUAUGAACCAAUCAACUCUAUCAAGCGCUUCUUGAGUACAGAACUGGCCUGGCUGCUUCCCUACAAUGGUGUCACCGUGGCUCAGGACAACUGUUAUGCCUCUUAUGGACUCUGUGGAAUUCAUUAUAUCGAUGCUGGUUACCUUGGUUUCAAGGCCUACUUCACUGCUCCUCGAAAAGGCACUGUCUGGAGUCUUUCCGGGUCCGACUGGCUUGGGACAAUAGCUGCAGGAGACAUAUCUGGGGAGCUCAUUGCAGCUAUAUUGCCUGAUAUGGCACUGAACCCAAUAAAUGUCAAGCGACCUGUAGAGCGAAGAUUCCCUAUAUAUAAAGCAGAUCUGAUGCCAUAUCAGGACAGGCCUGAAGGUCAAGACCACUCUUCCACUUCGUCUGGGACCCCCAACCCUCCCAAGGCUCGAACUUAUGCUGAAACUGUCAACCAUCAUUACUUGCUCUUUCAAGACACAGAUUUGAGUUCGUUCCACGGUCUGCUCCACAGAGAACCGAUGCUGCGCAUGCAGGAAGGCGAGGGGCAGACACAGCUCUACCUGGACAGGCUGCAGCUGGAAGCUAUUCAUAAGGUACGUUUCAGCCCAAACCUGGACUCCUAUGGAUGGCUGGUCUCUGGGGGGCAGUCAGGGCUGGUUCGGAUCCAUUUUGUCCGUGGACUCACCUCUCCACUGGGCCAUCGUAUGCAGCUUGAAAGCCAAGCCCACUUCAGUGCUAUGUUCCAGCCGGCCUCCUCUGUUGAAAGGCCUGGCUUCCCUCCAGCCAGCCAUCGCCUUCUGCCCAGUCCCUAGUGGUGGUCCCCAGAGGACCCUCGGAAGGAAGUCCGCCAAGAACAGUUGGCCUCAUGCACACAGCCGUGGGAACUGGGGCCUUUCUGGACAGUGAUGCUGCCAGGCCCGGACCUUUAGACCUGCCUCCCCGGGACUCCUUAGAUCCCUCUCCUUCCACAGACUUCGCCUGUCAUCACGGCCCCCCGCGGGCAGGGGGGCUCUCCUCCACAAACUCUUGAGGCUCCUCAGCUUAAAACUACAACUCACGAGAAACACUCAGGCCUGACCUAGGCUUGGGAGUCAAAUUGCUCAUAUUGAGCAUGUUGUGAAGUGAGGAAAGCUAAGUAAAGGUACUGGGUGUUUUUGAGACCACACGUGAGUGGGUGUUUGGAGAACGGGAAAGGGUAUCUGCAUGAAGGCUCCUGUCUGGCUGUAUUCCUAGGACCCAAUGUUACUGCCUUCGCAGCCUCCUCUUUAGAGUCCCCAGCACACAGGCCCGUGACGGGGUGAUGGUUACCUAUUGGACUGAAACUGCUUAGAGUACUUGCUUAACUGGGGAACACCACAGACACCUUGCCAGCAGAACAGUGUUUCAGAUCUUACUUGCGCCUGCUUCUGGAAUAUUCCCGGUCACUGGUCAUCCGACUCUUCUUGAGCACUCCCAGACAGUCACGUUUUUAAAAUCCUCCUUUAUAUCAAGGCAAAGAGUAUACCUUUAUAAAUUUUUCCAUGGGUAUUAGGAAAUCUAGUCACUCUUCCCUGUGAUUGCCCUUUUAAGUAUUUAAAAAUAGUUAUCAUGUGUUUCCCAAGCCUUUUCUUCUCUAGAUUAAAUAUCUUCAGUUACUUUAACC